AUGGAAAAGAAUGAUGACCUUUUGGAUGAAUUCUUAGUCUUUAAGCCAAAGAAUACCUCAGCGUUGGACAGUUCCUUAACUAUCUCUAAGAGUACAACUGCUGCUCUUCUAUGCUCAGAUAGUGCCUCAUCAAUUACUUGGACAAAAUCAAAUACACUUGUGCUACUGGAUGUGUAUCAGAAAUAUAGGACAAAAGUUGGCACAUUGGAAAUUCGAAAUUUCAAAAGAAUGUGGGAGAUUAUUUCUAGUGAACUUAAAACUCGAGGUGUUAUGGUUUUAGAAAACAACUGUGAAAAUAGGUGGCGGGUACUGGAACGAAAUUACAAGAAAUAUGUUGAUAACAAGAAGAAAACCGGACGUGGCAGAUCAUUUUUUGAGUAUGCGGAUGAAAUGGAACAAAUUUUAGGUAAAAAAAAGAACAUAAACCCUACGGUUGUUUUGUCAACCCAAACAGUUAGUGACAUUUCAUCUCGGCACCAGUGUUUGCCUUCUGUUACACAUUCUAAAGCCAUGUCAGAACCAGUACCAGGAUGCUCUAAAGACACAGAUGAAGGCUUGGACCAGGUAAUAACUACUUUUGAGCCAGAAUCUGGAGGUUCAUCGACAAAUAUAAGGAAUGAAAAUUCCUCGGAAAAUCCAAAUCGGCUGCCUCAAAAAAGAAAAUUAGAACAACUGAAGAAAUCGACAGCAAGAAAACCAAGAUAUAAAAAUAAUGAUAUAUUGGAAAAAAUUAGUGUGCUGAAGGAGAACCGACACAAAGAAAAAAUGAAAUUUGAAAGAGAGAAAUUUAACAAAUUGUAUGAACUCGAGUUACGAAAACAGGAUAGUAGAGAAAUGAAACUUAAUGUUUUAAAAGAAAGCAAUGAAUUGCAAAAAAAGACUAAUAGUCUGCUGGAAUUAAUUUUGCAGAAAAAAACAGAUUUAUUAUAA